AUGAGAAUUGAUAAAUGUUAUUUUUGUUCCGGUCCUUUAUAUCCUGGACAUGGUGUAGCGUUUGUUCGUAAUGAUUCAAAGAUGUUCAAAUUUUGCAGAUCUAAAUGUCAUAGACAUUUCAAAGCAAAACAUAAUCCUAGAAAAAUGAAAUGGACAAAAGCAUACAGAAAGGCUCACGGAAAAGAAAUGAUAAAAGACUCUGUAUUUGAUUUUGAAUAGAAAAGAAAUGAGCCAGUUAAAUAUAAUAGAGAUUUAUAUGUAAGUACAAUAAAAGUAAUGAAAAAAAUUGAAAAAGUUAAAGAAAAUAGAGAAAAGCUUUUUAAGGAAAACAGACUUAAAAUUGCUAAAAGAAUCAAAAAGUAAUAAAUUAAUGCAGACUUAGAAAAACAUGAAACUUUACUACCUUAAGGAAAACUCAAAGAAUAAGUCAAAGAAAGAAUAAGAUAAAAACAUGAAAAAAAAGUUAAAUAAUUGUUAAAAGGAGAAAAUAAAUAAAAAGCUUAAUAAAAUAAUAAUGAUAGUGAUGUUUCUAUGGAUUAAGAAAGUGAUUGA